AUGGCGGCCGCUCCCCAAACCCGGGGGGCUCCCCCCAAACUGGGGGUCCCGAGCCCCCUCCUCAUCCUCAGCCUCCUCCUCCUCCCAGGUAUCACUGGGGGGGGGGCUGUACCCCCACCUGGCUGCCCCCGGCCGCCCCCCAGCUCGGAGCCGCGCCCCCCCCUCUCGGUGCCCACCAGCCCCGACCCCAGCCCCACGUGCGGCUCGUGGGGGAGGGGUCCGCGUGCAGCCGGGACCCCGUCCCGCUCGGGGGCCCCGGGCUCGGCGCUGACCCUCGAGUGCCGCUACGAGCCCGGGGACGCCAACGUCACCUGGCUGCAGGUGUGCCCUCGGCGCUACCUGGGCCGCGCCUGGAGCUGCACCUGGCCGCGGGAGGUGCCGGCCGAGGGCGGCGGCCGCCAGGUGAGCCUGGCGCGGCCCGGCGUGUCCGUGCUGAGCUUCGCGCACCUGCGGCACAACCACAGCGGGCUCUACUUCUGCCGCGCGCGGCGGGGCCCGGCGGCCGCGCAGUCCUGCGGCACCUUCGUCAGGGUGCGGGAGGCCGUGCCGGAGCCGUUGCUGCAGCUCGGGGACGCCACCAAGAACAGGAUCCUGGCGGCGCAGGGGGUGCUGCUGCUGCUGUGCGCCGCGGGGCCGGGGCUGCUGCUGCUCUUCAGGAAGCGCUGGGCCAACGAGCGGCUCCUGCAGCCCAAGAAAAUAUCCUUGGAGGAGGAAAACCUUUAUGAGGGGCUGAACCUGGACGAGUGCUCCAUGUACGAGGACAUUUCCCGGGGCGUCCAGCCCACCUACCAGGACGUGGGGACCCCCCCUGCCGCCGACAGCCUCCUGGAAAAGCCUUAA